CGAGCGAAAAAACGCUAUAUAUAGCCGUAUAGUAAUGCGAUAAACCUUCAAGUCAUAAGGAAACUUGUGAGAAAGAGCAAUGAGUUCAAAGAAGCUUACUUCUUGUGUCUGUUUAGCUUUCUUUUUGGUGUCAUGUCAAUUUAUUCAGUUAGAAGCUCAGCUUCAAGUGGGUUAUUAUGACACUUCAUGUAGCAUGGCUGAGAGUAUUGUGAAGGAUGAGGUUAGAAAAGGGUUCAUGAGGGAUAGUGGAUUGGCUGCUGGCCUUGUUAGAAUGCACUUUCAUGAUUGCUUUGUUAGGGGUUGCGAUGGAUCGGUUCUCAUCGACUCAACACCUUCAAACAAGGCAGAGAAAGAUGCUGCAGCCAACAACCCUAGCCUCCGAGGGUUUGAAAUCAUCGAUAAUGCAAAGGCCAGACUGGAAUCUGUCUGCUCAGGAAUAGUCUCUUGUGCAGAUAUCAUAGCUUUUGCAGCAAGGGAUAGUACUGAGAUGACAAGAGGACUUGGCUGGGAUGUCCCUGCCGGAAGAAAAGAUGGCAGAGUUUCGCUUGCUUCUGACAUUCCGGCUAAUCUCCCCACUCCUACGUUUAACCUAAACCAACUCACACAAUCCUUUGCAAGAAAGGGACUUACACAAGAAGAAAUGGUCAUACUCUCUGGAGCGCACACCAUCGGCCGGUCUCACUGCACUUCCUUCAGCUCCAGACUAUUUGGUUUCAACACAACACUGGGACAGGAUCCAACUCUGGAUGCUUCUUAUGCAGCCCAGCUGAGGCAGCAGUGCCCUCAGGGCAACACAAACCCCAACUUGGUGGUUCCAAUGGACCCUUCCAGCCCAACCCUCAUGGACACCGGCUACUACAGGGAUGUUCAGGCCAACCGAGGUUUAUUCACUUCGGACCAGACCCUCCUGACAAAUGCAGCAACCACGAACCUAGUUAAUCAAAACGCCAUGAAUGUAUACCUCUGGCAAAGCAAAUUUGCGAAUGCAAUGGUGAAGAUGGGUAAAACCAGUGUUUUAACAGGCAGUGCUGGAGAGAUCCGAAGGAAUUGCAGGAAGAUCAACUAAAGAGACAGAUGAAGGAUUAUCAAAGUCUUAACUGUUCAUCCAUCUUGUGUUAAUCCUGGCUAUGUUUGCUUUUAAAUUUGUUGUUGUUGUUGUUGUUGUAUUGUGCUACCAAGUGUAAAAGUGUAGCACCCGUUAUUUGUAAUUCGGUAUUGAAUUAUUACCAAAUAAUAUGGACACAACAAAUUAGUUGCCUCCACAAA